CAAGUGAUGUGUGUGUGUGUGUGUUUAUGCGCGUAUGUUGCAAAAAAAUUUUUAAUCAAAUUAAAAUUAGGAAUAUAAACCCAAUUGGAAAGCAACAAACGUGCUGGCCGCGUGCAGCUGCAACUAGUUAACCGUUAUGGCCAAUCGCACGCGCAACAACACGACCAAGGUCGAGGCGCUAAUCGAGAGCUGCCGCAGCGAAGGCAAAUGGCAACGCGUCAUCGAGCUGACGGACGAGCUGAAAUCGGGAUCACCGCAUAACGAAUGCCUGGCCAACUUUCUGAUGGGCGAGGCGCGCCUCGAAAGCUAUCUGGAGGAGCAUGCGGUGGCCCCCGAAACGAACUUUGGCCGCGCCAAAAGCGGCCUCGCCGACGGCAGGCGCUAUCUAAAUCUCGCUCUCGGCGAGAGCGGCCAAAAGGCGGGCAUCGCUCUUGACGCGCACCUGCUGCUGGCCAAGCUGUGCUACGCCUGCGGCGAGUACGAGCAGAGUUUGGAGAACUUUGUCAAGGCGGAGCUCAAUACGCUCGCUGAGAAGGAGCUGACGCUACGCAGCCUCAAGAUUCUGGCCGAAUCUUAUGCCAUCAAAGGCCUGUGCCUGGAGCAGCAGGCCUCCAAGCCGACAUCCAAAUUCAAGAAGGCCGAAAAGGACACGGAAAUGAUCUGUUGCUUUGAGCGCGCCUCUGAUCUGGGUCUGCUCUAUCUGCAGGAACACGAUGUUGGCUGCGGCGGCAAUAGCUCCUCGAACAAUUCCACAGCCGGCUCCACGCUGAAUGUGAACGCGGGCGUGCAGCAGUCGUCGAGCAGCUUUGCCAUUAGCAGCAACCUGCAGAGCAGCAGCGCAACGCUGGAGGUGAGUCGACGCAUGGGCGCCAUACUGGAGACGGCGCUGCAGCGUGCGCCCAUUGUGCUGAUCAAGGCGGGCAAGCUGCAGGCGGCCGUGGAACGUUAUCGCAUCAUGUUGAAUGCCAUCGAGACGCGUGCAACGCAAUCGUUGCGCUUAACGCUCGCCCGCCAGCUGGCCGAGGUGCUGCUGCGCGGCGUUUCGGGCACAAUAUAUGCUCCCCCCUUUACCACCAAAUCGGGCGGCAGUACUUUACGUGGCGGCGGCGCCGCCAAGCGUCUGUGGAAGCCGCGCAAAUAUGCGGCACGUCAGCAAUUCACGCCGCGCAAUCAACAGGAGGAGAUCAUUCUCUUACUGCUCAUCGCUGAGGCCUUGGCCGUACGGGACACUGUGCUCUCGCAGAGUCCGGAAUUUCGGCUGGCGCGUCAGCAUGCCAUGGGCAAUGUGACGGCUGUUUAUGAUCUGCUCACGCUGGCCACCAUACGCUGGGGCUUGGUGCAGCUGCUCAAUGAAUCGUUCGAGAAGGCGCUCAAGUUUAGCUUUGGGGAGCAGCAUAUCUGGCGACAGUACGGCCUCAGUUUGAUGGCCGCAGAGAAGCAUGCGCAUGCACUGCGCGUGCUGCAGGAGUCGAUGAAGCUAACGCCCGGCGAUCCGCUGCCCUGUUUGCAUGCCUCACGCCUGUGCUACGAGAGCCUCGAGACCGUCAAGCAGGGCCUGGACUAUGCGCAGCAGGCGCUCAAGCGCGAGGUGAAGGGCCUGCGUCCCUCGCGCAGUCAGCUCUUCGUGGGCAUUGGCUAUCAGCAGCUGGCCAUACAAUCAACUCUCAAGAGCGAACGCGAUGCGUACAACAAACUGGCGCUGGAGUCUCUGGAGCGUGCCGUGCAGCAUGAUGGCAACGAUCACCUGGCCGAAUACUAUUUGUCCCUGCAGUAUGCUCUGCUCAAUCAGCUGGGCGAGGCACUGAGCCACAUACGUUUCGCGCUGGCGCUGCGCAUGGAGCAUGCACCGUGCCUGCAUCUGUUUGCCCUGCUGCUGACCGCAUCGCGUCGUCCGCGUGAGGCGCUGGGCGUGGUUGAGGAUGCGCUGCAUGAGUUUCCCGAUAAUCUGCAGCUGUUGCAUGUUAAAGCACACUUGCAACUGCAUCUGGAGGAUGCGGAAACCGCCUUGGCCACCGUACAGCAUAUGCUCGCCGUUUGGCGGGAGGUGUACGAGGCGCAGCUGGCCGCCGACGAGGAGAAGCAUUCGGAUACCAAAAGCGGUGUCCAUCUGGUGCAUUCAUCACAAAUGUCUGACAAGGACUCAAAUUCCGUCUAUGCUGCCUCGUUGGCCGCAGUGUCGCGCGUGGAGCAGGCUCUGAGCGAGGCCGCCAGCUCGUUGAGCUCCUUUACGCAACGGCCGGGACCCCGUAGACCUUGGAUGCUGCAAAUUGAGAUUUGGCUGCUGCUCGCAGAUGUCUACAUGCGCAUCGAUCAGCCCAAUGAGGCGCUCAACUGCAUACACGAAGCGACGCAAAUAUAUCCGCUCUCGCAUCAGAUAAUGUUUAUGCGCGGUCAGGUGCAUGUUUAUUUGGAGCAGUGGCUGGAGGCCAAGCAAUGCUUUCUGAAUGCAGUUGCCGCCAAUCCGAAUCAUACGGAAGCUCUGCGUGCUUUGGGCGAAACGCAUUUAAUACUGGGCGAACCGCGGCUGGCCGAAAAGAUGCUCAAGGAUGCUGCCAAAUUGGAUCCAAAUUGCCCAAAGAUAUGGUUUGCGCUGGGUCAGGUUAUGGAAACAUUGGGGGAUUUCAAUGCAUCCGCCGAUUGUUUUGCCACCUCGCUGCAAUUGGAGCCGUCGUGUCCGGUGCUUCCGUUUACCUCGAUACCUUUAGUUUUCGACUAGGCAUUUUCAUGUAAACAUGCAUUUGUUUUUUGUUUAUCGUUUAUGUAGCAUACCUCAACUAACCUCAAAGAGAAAAAAAAAGAGAAGAAACCGAACAGAGCAAUAUUACUUACUAGACAAUUUAA